CAAGACGGACCCUUUCCAUGGGCGACGAUACCCUCCUCUGCGUGCCAGGGGAACCUAACUCCAUUGAUGCCGUCAGGGAAGAAGAGGACGAAAAUCCCAGUGAAUUGCCCUCCGAACAGAACUCAGUCAACAACAGGCAAAUGGGGGGACGGAAGCCGAGAAACAUUGCCAGGGAUUUAAAAGACAAGAUGCGUUUUCUGCGGAGGCGACACACCGACAGCUCGCUACGAGACACGGCCGAUAAACUGGACUGCGACAAAUCGUCCCUGGUUCAAGAGUCCGGCGAGUCGGAUGUUAGGAAAUGGUCGGACUGUUUUGAGAAUCUACUACACGACAAAACCGGCCUGGAAGCCUUCCGGAAGUUCCUCCAGACGGAGUUCAGCGACGAGAACAUCGAAUUCUGGCUGGCCUGCGAGGAAUACAAGACCCUUGACACCAGCGUCUUGGAGAGGAGAGCCCAGCAAAUAUUUGAGGACUACGUGACGAUACAGGCCCCGCGUGAGGUCAACUUAGAUUCCAGAACACGGCUAGAAACGACCGCCAACGUGAACCAUCCUGACGAGAACACCUUCGACCACGCCCAGAAGCGGAUAGAAGCCCUCAUGGAGAAGGACUCGUACCCGCGGUUCUUGCGAUCGGACAUUUACCAAAAACUUCUAAAGGAAUUCAUCAAAAAGUCCAAAUGAGGCUCGUUAAUAAUGUCAUAGUAAAACUGUUCAUCUUUUAAAAAAUAAAGUACAAUAUAGUUCAUGUUCGUCGUGGACACGGAGAAAAACGGGAACAUUUUUUUUGUGCGGAUGCAAAACUCAAGUGUACAGAGAUUAUAUAUUUCAGUGUGUACUUGACACGGAGUCCUGAAAUUGGAACGGGUAUCCGUCGGAAACCGGAAAGAAUUUGUCUCGUGAUUUGUGGCUGAUGAAAACACCAAAUGCACGAUACUUUUUUACAUGAAGUCCACAAGAGUUGUCUAGAGCCAAAUAUAAACUUGUCAGUAUUAGAAGUGUGUCGCCUCUGCCGUAGCUGUAGAAAGGUGAAGGAGUUUCACCCCGGCUGCCGCGGAUAAUACCGCCAACCCUGGAUCAAGCGGAGAUACGAGCCCCAAAGGGCAUCAUCAAGUCGUCAGAGUUACCAUGGCAACCUGUUUAAACAUUCAAUGCCAACGACAGGCGGAGCACGGGUAGUAACCGAGGAAACACGAUAUUCCCGGGACGGUGCUCCCACAAGAGGAGAACAUCUCAAGAAAUGCUUUCAAAAAAAAACUCGCGGAGAAUGAAAAAAAAGCAAAGUCUUUUCAAGUUUCUGCCGUUGACCUGUAUGCGUCUUCUCAGCUUUCUCCAAGGCUCAUUCCUCAGACUUUUGUUUCCCGAGCUACGCUAUCCUCCGAGGGGAAUGAAGGCCCCAGACAUCAAGGGACACUAAUAUGACACCUCAUAGAAUGUCAUCAAAGUCUUGUUAAUAGCUUGGCACUCCUUUUAUGUUCUUUACCCGUAAAAUCUUUGAUUGUUCAUGUUAAAGGUAGCCGAAUUCUUAACACGCACAGGAAAUCAACAUAAUUUGAUAUCUUGUUGACGGGAUGGCGAGAUCAUUGUUUUUGAAAUAUAAAGAAUGAAUCUUGAACAAAGUAAAGAUAUUUUAAAGAUGUUUUCAACAUAGCACUGGAUAGCUCAGUUGGUACAGCACGGGUACGGUAAUCCGGAGGUCGCAGGUUCAAACCCCGCUCCAGUCAAUUUCAUUGUUCAACUUUAUAGUGAGAAUCUUGAAAUGGGGUUGCCAUCUCCUUACAGAUAUUUCUUUAACAUUUCAUGGAUAAAUCUAGGAAAGCCAGUAGGACAUUACAAGAUUUAACAUGGUUCCUAAUCUUGCAGUAUUUAAAUGCCAUCUUUUUUGGGGGUCAGUAAUUUGGCUGUGGAAAGGGUUUUUUGUGAAAUGGAAUGUCGGAUGAUGACAUUUGGCACAGUGUUAAAAGUGUGUGAGAUUGCAAAUGCAGCUUUUAGUUAGAUAGCAGAAUUAUUAUAAUUACAAGAACGUCAGUGAUUGAGGUUUAAUCGUUCACAUUUUCUGUCCAACAAAUAUGGAAAAAUCUUUUUUUUCCAGUCAAUAUUAGUACUACCAUGGAACGUCUGUCACUCUAUUAUUACUACGUUUUUGCCUCCAGUCAAAUUUCAAUAAAAAAAAUUAAAAAAUUGCUGGAAAAAAACAGGAAUGUACCGUUACCAUGGUGAAGUGCAGAACAGUCAUGGCUAAUUCAUGAUAUUUGACAACUCAAAUGUUGAUUCAAAAAACAAAACAAAAUCCGAAGACAGCAAAUUUGCACAGCUGUUGAAUUUCUCCAUGCAGUCUUUUAACUGCAUUUUGAUUUAUAAUUUUUUUCUAAAAGUCAAACCCAACUCUAGAUCUUUGCCUGUACACAAGCACGUCUCAUUUUUGUCUACCACAAAAGAUGAUCAAAAUGUUCUCUUUUUUUUUAUUGACAAGAAACUGAUUUGCAUGCUCGUGUAUGUUUGAAAUUUCGACCCUUUAUUAGUGACCGCACUUUGCACAAAAAUAAUCCAAACACUUUCUCUAUAAAUCAUCACCAAAAAAAUGUGCAACUUUUUGAAAGCUUCAUAACUUAAACUGUAUGAUAAGAUGUUACAAUCCUCGAACGAACUGGAUAGAACAGUUUUUAGAAAGCACCAGAAAGUACUUAAACACGUAUUAAUAUGUAUUUUUGCACACAGGGUAGUAGUUUUUGUCACAAAAAUGCACACAGUAAAAAGACAAAAUUUGAACAAUGUAGAAAGUGACAGCAUUGUGACAGCAUUGCACAUUGUGUAAUGCUUAUGUGUAAAAGCCGUUACUUAUGCAAUUGAAUAAGAUUUUGUUAAAAGCUGCUGCUAGGCUUAAAAGACGAGAACUUUGGACGAACAGUCCUACAAAAUCUCUCUCUUUGAAGCUAAAAUAUUGUUACAAAUAUAAUUUUUUUAUGAAUAUGGAUACAAUUAUAUACAAUUAAUUUGUGAUUGACUCAGUUAUUUUAAGUCUUUUAUUUUUUAUUUUUGCCGUGAUUGAAAUCAUCAUGAUCAACUCAGAAGUUUUUCCCCUUAAUUUUGCCGUGAGGUUCCGUUAGACAUGUAAUAUUUAUUCCAGAGAACAGACAAGUUUUAAGAUUUAACUUUUUUAGAUUUCUGUGUACAUGUAUAUAAUUGCGAAUAGGUGUAUAUGAAAAAAACAAACGAUUUAGUGUACAGUGUGUAUAUGAAAACAAACAAGUAUAAUGAAAUGAAUUUUUUUCCACUUUUCUUUAUUUGGUACAUGUAUUUUGCUCAUAGCUUGCAUUUAAUCUAAGAGUUGCGGUUUAUUUUUACCAGUUGCAUCAGGAGUUUUUCUCAUGCAAAACAGAUAGAUAAUGCCCUGCAAGAAUUUGUAAAUUUCUCUUCGCCACAUUCAGUGUUACUGUUACAUUGUUACCAUUUUGGUCAAACCAGGCGGAAAUCUCACGGAGCUGAUGAGCACAGUUAUCUGCUAAGCGCGGACAAUAUUUUGCUUAACAAAAAAAGACAGGUUACCAGUAAAAUGUAAUUCUUCGUGUAUUGAUUAUGGUUGGUCCUGCGCUGAUUAUUGCUAAGCGCAUACAUUUGCUAAAUGUAUUUCCCGAGUAGAUCCAUUUAAGUCCCGCCCACUGCGUGCCUCUCCAUUGAUUUGCAUGUUCGAGACGCGCGCGUAGUGCGAGUGCACGCGCAGUGGACCAUGUUCGUGGCUGUGAUAGGUCAAAACAUCGUUUGGUGAGGCUCUUGGGUCCUGAUUACUUAACUUCAUUAUUAUAGCUCACUUUAGCUGACCAUUUGAAAGCCCUACAAAACACAUGCAUGUCUGUCUUUGCCCGUUGCGAAGAUGCAUAGAAUUUACAUAAUCACCACAGCUGACUCAUAAAUUGUGAAAUUGUUAAAACCAACCAACAACAUUGACAAGUCAAUGAAUAAGAUCAUAUAGCUGCCUCUAAAUGUAUUCCAAAAUAUUGUACUAUUAGCUGCAAUCCAUUUUUUAAAUAUUAUCAGCCGCCCUUUUCGGUUUACGCCUGUUUAAAUUUGUGUACCACCGCAAUUUAAUUCCCUUGGGAAAGAUUUUAUCUUCUGAAAAAAUAAGACAAGUGAGUGUAUGUAAGAUGAUAAAAAAAAAUAAGUCUAUAUUUGAGUCGGACAUUAUCAAUUGAGUAAAUCAGUCUAGCUUUUUUUAUAACAAUAAAGUUAGAUGCUUUGAUGGUGUUGCCCUUUAAUUUGAGGGAAAGGAUAUUUAUAUAUGGCUAAUAAUUGUUUUCUGGUUGUUUAAGCCCCGCCCACAUGCACACGUGACGUGAGCAAGCACGCACGUGCGCGCCCAAUGGCGUCUUGACCAAUCUCAGCCGUGUGGCAAUGCAGCGUGGUGUUGUUACGGGUGCGCGUGCUCUUGCCCACGCGGGCAGUGGGCGGAGCCUGGUGGUCGGUCUAUUGCGACCGUGAUUGGUCAAAAAAAAUCAUGCGGCGGGGCUUAAUCAAUCGGUUUAGUAUUACUGUGUAUUGGUAAUGUUAAGGUAUUAUCACAAUGAACAACUUACGUUGUUUUAACUUCAUUAAAAUGUUUUGGUUUCUACAAUAGAUGAAAUGGAAACAAAAUUGCAUCGAGGCCAAAUUUCCUUCUUCAUUUUUGUACUGAAGAAAAAGAAACAGCUGAAGUCAAUUUUAUGUAUUUUUUGUCGUGUAUCGUGACAGCAGCGUCAUGUCAGUAAUACAUAGAAAAGCGUGCAAUGGUGGUCACAACAUUACGUUUGAAACAACGCUUCCAUUUUGAAACCAAAACGUUCGAUUGCAAAAUAAAAACGUCCAUGAAUUAAACAAUUUAAUUUUGUGACCCGGUGUCAUAUGAAAAUCCGACUCCUAUGAAAAUCGGACUCAUUUUCCCUAUUAUUGGUCAAUCUCUCGCACGUGACAGGUCACUUUCCCGUAACGAUCCUAUAGCAUACUAUCGUACUUACGCAUGCGCAAUACUAUGAUGAGUCCAUAUUUCAUGGAGUCGGGUAUUCAUUAGUAAAAAUCCGGUUCAUUAGUAAUAGGCCACACACGCACGCCCAUCACCACUCAUGACUGGCACCCAUUGGAUAAGAACUCAAGUGGCGUCCAAUAGUUCCAAUGCUACCUAAUGGCCAGUGGGCGUGGUUUAAACUGAAUUGAAGUCGCACCAACGAACCGGAUAGACGGGCGAUCUAUUUUAGCCCCGCCGAAUGGCACGUGGGAAGCAAACUUCGUGCACUGCAUGUUCUUGGCGUGCGCGUCACAUUACGCGCGGCGAGCACGCAAUGUAGACUUAUUUGUGUAAGUACAGUGCAAGGCAAGGAUGUCGAACAUCUAUCUAUAGGCUGUGAUUGGUCAAGACACUGAUAGGCGGGGCUUAAUAGAUCGUACAAUUUGCAAACUAAUGAUUUGUUUUAUCAAAGCCAUCCUAAAAAAAAUUAACAAAUUGCCAAUGCUCUUAAUUAAUGUACAAGACAGUGUAUUAUAUAUUUCUCUCGUAAACCCCAUAAGAUAAAAGCAUCUCAGUUUGUUUUACAAUUAACUCUCCAUAUGUACCAAAUUAUUUUCUUCUGUUACUGAAUGUGUUAAUAUUGUACAGUACAUAAGUGUUCUUGCGAGUAAAGAACUGAACAUGCAAGAGAUCUUUGGAAACAUUUCACACAAUGUUGUAAUAAACCAUUUCUCACAUAAGAAAAUUA